UGCUGCACAUUUUGUGUCAUGUUGACAUCAUUUGGGGAGCUAAAACUUCAGAACAUUUCUAGGGGCUUGCAUUUCAGUUAAGUCCAUUGGAACGGUGACAAAACUUGAGCGGCGUUUUGCACGUAUUUCUAUUUUUGCAAAACGUCAUCCAAGUACUUGUAAGCCUACUUUUACUCAAGAACAGUACAAUGAAGGACUGAGUACACGGCAUUUGAACACAGACUCACUUUGCUGUGAGUGUACACAAAUCCACUGGAAGGAAUUUGGUGCACAUACUCUUUACUUGGACUUGAGUAAAGCAAUGUAGUCGUACUGAGAAAGUAAUUGUACUUUUGUGUACAGUGCAAGCAAAUGUAAUGUUACUUUUACUCGAGUACAUAUGAGAAAACGCAAAUAACUGUGAUUCAUUAGCUUCGUUUUACAGCUGAUUAUACAUUUUAGUCAAGUAUCCAAGUGUUUUUUUUUUUUUUUUUUUUUGUUUUUGGCUUGUGCACCCCCCACUCGCCAACUUUAUUGACAACAAAAAAGUUGCACCUGUUUUGACUCGGCUGGCCCCGCCCACAGCUUGAUGAGGAGUGCCACGCCCCUCGCACGUGCUCGCCUUCUAAUUGGCGGGGAGGCUGCACGCUAUGCAAACGAGCAAUCGAGGCCCCGCCCUCGCACCUGAUCUCGGGACUAUUUUACCGCAGUUUAGCGCAAGUCUGCAUUGCGCGCGCCGGCCUCCAACAUGACUCUCCUCAGCUGGACUUGAGCAAGAAGGAUUUCCGUCUUUUUUUUUUUUUUUUUUUUUUUUUUUCCCUUUCCUUUCUUCUUCCAAUCGUCCACUUCUCACUUGUCUAAGAAGGGGAAGAGAAGCAGAAGUUGCGUUCAAAAUGCCGCGCUCGUUUCUGGUCAAGAAGCACAUCAACUCCGCCAAGAAGCCCAACUACAGCGAGCUGGAGAGUCCAACAGUGCUCCUCAUGCCGCACUUGUACAAGGGCCUCCCGCUGCCCGUCAUCCCCCAGCCGGAGUUCCUGAGCCCGGCCGCCUACAGCCCCAUCACGGUGUGGACCACCAGCAGCCUUCCGCUGUCCCCGCUGCAGCCCGGGGACCUGUCCCCGUUGUCCGGAUACCCUUCGUCGCUCUCGUCGUCGUCGUCCUCCUCCUCCUCUUCUUCUUCUUCUUCCAAGGACCACAGCGGAUCCGAAAGCCCCCGCAGCGACGAGGAGGAGCCCGGCGGCCCGCCGCCCCAGCACGACGCCGACAAGUUCCGGUGCGUCCAGUGCGCCAAGUCCUACUCGACCUACUCCGGACUCGUCAAGCACAAGCAGCUGCACUGCGACGCGCUGCAGGCCCGCAAGUGCUUCACGUGCAAAUACUGCGAGAAGGAGUACGUGAGCCUGGGCGCGCUCAAGAUGCACAUCAGGACUCACACGUUGCCGUGCGUGUGCAAAAUCUGCGGCAAAGCCUUCUCCAGGCCCUGGCUGCUGCAGGGACACAUCAGGACGCACACCGGCGAGAAGCCCUUCUCGUGCCCCCACUGCAAGCGGGCGUUCGCCGACCGCUCCAACCUCAGGGCUCACCUGCAGACCCACUCGGAUGUGAAAAAGUACCAAUGCAAGAACUGCUCCAAGACCUUCUCGCGGAUGUCGCUGCUGCACAAGCACGAGGAAUCCGCUUGCUGCGUACCGCACUGAACGCUGGGGGGGUGGCGGACACACAUACACGCUCGGAUUUGUUUGUUUGCUUUGAAAGCAAAUUUCCAAGCCGAGGAGAGUCGUCAGGGACUGUUUUUGCCCGAACAAGUGGUUCAUUUCAUAGGUUUUUUUUUUUUCAUUAUUUUGCAAUAACUUCCUGUUUCAGCCCCUCUGUACUCACACUACCUGUGCUAUUCAUGCACUUUUUUUUUUUUUUUUUUUUUUUUUUGCAUGUCUACGACAUGUCCUGUGCCUUCACUUUAACUCGGACGCAUCAAGUUUAAAGGACAUGAUGGGAAUACUGAAGCCAUUGUCACUUCGGGAAUUUUUUUUUUUUUUUUUUUGCACAGACCUUCCAAACAGAUUGCCAGCACUCACGUUGGGGUCGUUUUCUUCUCCCCUUUUUAAAGUGCCUCAGUUUUUACUCCAGCAAUAAUAUGUAAUUUUUGCAUUUUUAUAUAUUUUUUUUAUACUACAUUGAAUGUAAGCAUGACUGCGAUGAUUGUAUAUUAGAACUGCAAUGCAGGUUUGGUUUUCAUACUCUCCUGACACUUUGGGAAAUAAAAGUCUCAUGGCAUUUUUGGGUUUUUUUUUU